GCUCGAAUCGGACUAUGAAGUGACGCAAUUGGGUCGGUAUACGGCAGACCCGAUGAAGCCGAAAGGCGGCUUCCCGCCCUUAAAUCCUUUCUUUACGCGGCACGACGCAUAAGCAGCCAAGCCCCUGUCUUUCUGUACAGCAAGUACAACACUAUAUACCUUGCAGCAAACGUUAAUUCCCAAGUUGCACAAGACGGGAUAGGGAAACCGGAAACUCCGUGUCCCUUACGCCACUUACCAUAGAUAAAUAAAAAGCAGAAGCAGUUGCAGCUGCAAUCAGUAACUUAACUUUAUGUAGGUGUCUACAUGGUACGAUACAUACGUAGCUCAAACUCAAACAUGGCUUCACCAAUACCGGAAAUUACUUCAAGUGCCGGAUCGAAUCACCUAUUGCCCACUAAAGAUCCAUGGUAUACAGCCCCGCCUAACCUUGAAUCAUCUACUCCGGGGACUAUCCUCCGGAUUCGAACCGUUCCAGGAGACCCCACCAUCUUCAAAAACUCCGCCGCCGCAUAUCAUAUUCUAUACCGUACCAUCGGUUCACGAUACCAACCAACAUGGGCAGUCACAUCUCUAAUAAUCCCCAAGAAGGCCUCCGAGUUCUCUGGAUACAAUGCUCUCCUUUCUUACCAGAUAGCCUACAAUACACCCACCAUCAAUUGGGGACCUUCGUACCGCAUCUUUCAGCCUCCCCUCUCUAACAACUAUGGCAUCCCUACCGACCAUGAAAAGAUUGACAUAAUGCUUGGACGUGGUUGGUUCGUCACCACUCCGGAUUUCGAAGGACCCCGCGCUGCUUUUGGUGCUACCGUCCAAGCUGGCCAUUCUACCCUUGAUGGCAUUCGUGCCGUGCUCUCCCUUACGGGUCACUCCGGUAUCUCAUUGCCUAGCAAUGCCGACAAGUUAAAAUACGCAAUGUGGGGGUAUAGUGGCGGCUCGCUAGCCUCGGAGAAAGCUGCCGAAUUGCAAGUUCAGUAUGCUCCUGAAUUGGCGACAGGUUUCGUAGGCGCCGCAGUGGGCGGCCUAGUGAGCAAUCUAGGAGCUAUGUAUACUAUCACUAACAAAACGCCUUAUACGGGCAACCUUAUCCUGGUGUUGCUGGGUGUUAUGAACGAAUACCCAGAAAUUGACGCCCACCUACGCAGUCGUCUCAAGUCUGAAGGGCCCCACAACGCAACUGCUUUCCUGAAAGGCCGCGACAUGGACUCACUACUGGCUUUUCACGCAUUUGGAGGUCACGACAUUUACGAUUACUUUGUCGGCGGCCAAGCCGACCUCGAAUCGUGUCAAGCUUUACGUAAGAUCGAAAAAAUUGAAUGGUUGCUCGGUUACCAUGGUGCACCGGGGAUUCCACUCUUCGUCUACAAGGCAAUCGGGGACGAGAUGACGCCUAUUGCCGACACGGAUGCGCAUAUAGAGCAUUACAAGCGAUUCAAUGUCUCUGUUCGAUAUGAUCGCAACACGGCUGGCGGCCACGUGGCUGAGAUCGUGAAUGGCCAAGACCGAGCGAUAGAAUGGUUAGCCAGCGUCUUUGAUGGGACAUACGAUACCACAAAGGGCGUUAGAACUCAGGAUGUUACAGUAGACGUCUACAAGCCGCCUUCCUUUUAAACUCGAACAAUCUCUUCCCUUGAGAGAAGGUAGAUGAUCUAG